GGCGAGGAACAAAGGAGAAAUUAAAAUUCACUCUCCCCUCCGUCUUCGGAGCUAAGCAGAGAGAGGGGGGGAGGUUGGGGCCUGGUUACUACUACUCAUGCAAUCAAUCGAUCGAUCGAUCGAUCCUGCGGGGGUGAAAGGGACAGUGGAUAUUUAAAGGCUCUAGUUGCGCCAAAGAAACCAAGCUCUCAUCAUCUACCGUUCAAACCGUGCGUGGAGGACCAACCAAAGUUCGUCUUCCUCAUCGCGACAGCCCCCCGUCUACCACCCAAUUCCGUUUCCUGACCUCUGCCUCUGUCUUCGCUCGCUCUUCCGACCAAGCACGCAGUCAACGUAUCCAUGGCAGAGCAGACGUGGGAGAGCAGUGUCACCUCUUCCAUCAACGCCCUUUUCCUCCUCUUCUCCGCCUAUCUGGUCUUCGUGAUGCAGCUUGGCUUCGCCAUGCUCUGCGCGGGGUCGGUGCGUGCCAAGAACACCAUAAACAUCAUGCUCAGCAACGUCAUCGACGCAGCAGUGGGCAGCCUCUCCUACUACCUCUUGGGCUUCGCCUUCGCCUUCGGUUCCGGUAACCCCUUCAUCGGCACCUCUUACUUCGCCCUCCACGACAUCCCUGACCAGACCUUCGACUACUCCUACUUCCUCUUCCAGUGGGCCUUCGCCAUCGCGGUCGCGGGCAUUACCAGCGGCUCCAUUGCCGAGCGCACCCAGUUCGUCGCCUACCUCAUCUACUCCUUCCUCCUGACUGGCUUCGUCUACCCGGUCGUCGCGCACUGGAUCUGGUCCACCGGCGGCUGGGCCAGCCCCAGCUACGACGGGGGCAGCCUCCUUUUCGACUCCGGCGCAAUAGACUUCGCCGGCAGCGGCGUCGUCCACUUGGUGGGCGGGGUCGCGGGUCUGUGGGGGGCACUGAUAGAAGGCCCCCGAGUAGGUCGCUUCGACGCCUUCGGUCAACCCGUGCCCAUGCGAGGCCACAGCGCAACGCUUGUCGUCCUGGGCACGUUCUUGCUGUGGUUCGGCUGGUUCGGCUUCAACCCGGGCUCUUUCGUAAAGAUACUCGUUCCCUACGCUUCCACCACGUCGGAGGGGAACUGGACAGCGGUGGGUCGAACCGCGGUGACGACCACCUUGGCUGGGUCAACGGCCGGCCUGGUCACGCUGUUCGGGAGGCGCGUGCUGGUGGGUCACUGGGAUGCGCUGGACGUGUGCAACGGGCUGCUGGGUGGGUUCGUGGCCAUCACUUCCGGCUGCGCCGUGGUCGAGCCCUGGGCUGCCAUAGUCUGCGGGUUCAUCGCGGCCUGGGUGCUUAUGGGGCUCAACUUGUUGGCCGCGAGGUUCAAGUUGGACGACCCGCUGGAGGCGGCUCAGCUGCACGGAGGGUGCGGGGCGUGGGGGCUGCUGUUCACGGGGCUGUUUGCCAAGGAAGAGUUCGUGCUGCAGGCCUACUCCUCCUCCUCCAGGCCUUACGGGGUGCUGCUGGGAGGUGGGUGGGGGCUGCUGGGAGCACAGGUGGUGGAGCUGCUGACCAUCGUGGGCUGGGUGAGCUUGACCAUGGCGCCUCUCUUCUACGUGCUGCGGAGGUUGGGGCUGCUGAGAAUAUCGAGGGAGGAGGAGGUGGCGGGGCUGGACAUCUCCAGCCACGGGGGCUAUGCCUACACCAGGCACCACGACGACGGUCAAUCGGCCCCCCGAUUCUAUGACGACUACGUGAGGCUGCGACAGGAACCCGUGCAACCGUUCUGAUUUUGAAAAAUUCGAGCAUGCAAAAUUACAAGGUGUAAUUGAGUAUUCAUGCGUGAGGCUUUUGGUUUUUACAUCUUCAAGUCUCGAAGAAGAAUGGGUUGGUUUCUUCUUUUUCUUCUCUCUUUAUUAUUUUGUGCUGUGAAAAUAUAAGCAUGUAAUAAGGAAUAGAUCUCCAAGUGAGUUCGACCGA